GCGAUAUUAAUCGCGAAUAAUUUGUGCACUCGACUAUAAAGCCCACUGGUUUAUUAGCAGCAAAACGACAGUUCAUCUACAGUUAUAAUUCAUCCAAUGCGGCGAGCAAUAGGAAGGAAGAUUAAAACGAAUACAGCGCCAAUGAAUCCAACAUUUCACGCACACCCGGGGUUGUGCAUCAUCGGAUAUUUCAAUAUUUACGUUAUAUUUCUGGGACUCACUCGAUUUCGGAUCGAUUUUGUUGCCCAGCGUGUUGUUCGAUCCCGUCUCGUGGCUUUCUAUGUAAUUUGCGUGAACAUCGCCACUUUGGUUUUUGUACCGAUCUCUUAUAUCUACGAAUCUAUUGACGCCUCCUCGAUUCUCAAUAACAAUUUGGAAACUUUCAGUGAGACGGUGAAUUUGCUGAUAAAUUCCGGCGCCAUAGCGGCCUCGGUACUAUUGCGUGGUCAGAGAGAGGGUAUACAUUUGAAAAUCGCUGAAUCGAUUAUUUCACUCGACCGGCGCUAUUUUAGUAAGAUGUGUGCUGACAAGUCGACCGACCAUGGAGCCGAUCGUCUGCUGUAUUUUAAAUUGUUUGCGCUCUCUCUGCAACUCGUAGCUCCACUUUACAAUUCCUUUUCGGCUGUCGAUGAAGUCGUCAUCAGCGAAGUACUGCAGACCUUUUACUACAGCUACUUGCAGAGUAUUUUGGCCGCUACUCACUCCAUGUAUUUUUAUUUUAUGUGGCUACUGCACAAGCGCUUCUGUUUGCUGAAUGGAAAAAUUAAAGACUUGCUACAUCAGCUGCAGCAGAUGCCAAUGAGAGGCGAACGGUGCGAAGUGGACAUCUUAGCGCAAAGGCAGUUAGAUGCUACUGAAGCGUUACUGGAAAUUUCGCAAAUACAUACGGACCUUAGUCGGCUGUUGGUGCGCCUGAAUGUAGACUACGAAAAGCAAAUUCUAGCUGUGCUACUGGCAAACCUUAUUGACAGCAUUUCUUUCGGUUAUUACUUGACCUUGGCGAUGGAUGGCUCAGUCGAUUGGGAGUUCGAUUUCGACGCAUUGCUUUUUUGCUCAUAUGCGGCCAUACUGUUUGUUGACUUGAAUUUGGUUUAUUGGAUUUCAGACAUGGCUAUGGCUGGGCAUAACAAAAUGGCGCAGAUAAUUUGUCAGUUGCAGAUAUUGCCGCCACUAGGCGAUGUCUUCGAGCAAGAGUGUGAAGUGUUCGUCUUGCUGCUGCAGCAGCGGAAAAUGGACAUCCGAGUUGCUGGCAUGUUUCGACUAAAUCGGCAAAGUGCGUUGGGGUUGUGGAUCUUUGUGCUCACGCAAGUUAUCAUCUUUAAACAAUUCGAUUUAGAGUCACAGCUAAGAAAAUCCAAGGAAAAUCCUCUACUGGAGCGGUUCAAUCAAUUUUUUCGAAUCGAAUAGGUGUGAAAAGAAAUGCCGGAUUUCGAAUAGAGCAAACAGACUAGCAGCAUGCUUUUUUAGAGAAUAAAAUACUAAAAUAUGGCAUACAGUGGCUUACAUGUAAUUAAGUGCGUUUAAGUUCUGAAUUUUUGUUAUAAAAACCACAUGAAAUUCCAAAAAUAACUAAUAACAAAGAACAUCAAAUUAAUUACGUAGUGGAAGAAACAAAAAACGCAUUAUACCCUUUUAAAACAAAA